GAGGUGGCAUUGGUGGCUGCGGAACGCUGCUUCCCAUUUCCUUUCCUUCCCCCCGUCUUCUCAGUGUGAUUUUCUUGACUCCACUUUUUGCAAAGAUCAACUUUGUCUCAGAAUUAACAAACUCUUCAUCUAAGAUUGGUUCCGGUGUGUCCUAUGUUUACAUGUCAGUGGGAGUUAAGCACAGCUCAUACAAGCUGAAAAGUCUAAUAAGGAAAUGAAUUCCUUCUCUCAAGUUAUAAUUUUACUUGGCUAAAGCCAUAUUUUUACAUUGGCUUGGGCAGAAAAGUGAAAGAGAAUGCUCCACUUGAACCGAUGUCAGCAUCUGAAACAGAUAACACAGAAGUGUUUUUCUAUUAUACGUGUUAAAACAGAUAAACGUGCACAGCUGUUUCUUUCAAGAAUCUUUGCAUUUGCAGAAUUAAGGAAGUCAUGGUAUUCAACCCACUCUCUUGUUGGAGACAAAAAUAUUAUCCUGAUGGGACCUCCUGGUGCUGGGAAAACAACAGUAGGCAGAAUAAUAGGUCAGAAACUUGGUUGUUGUGUCAUAGAUGUGGAUGAUGAUAUCCUUGAAAAAACCUGGAAUAUGAGCGUGUCUGAAAAAUUACAGGAUGUUGGUAAUGAGCAAUUUUUAGAAGAGGAAGGAAAAGCUGUGUUAAACUUCUCUGCAUCUGGAAGUGUGAUUUCCCUUACUGGGUCCAAUCCAAUGCACAAUGCUAGCAUGUGGCAUCUGAAGAAAAAUGGAAUAAUUGUAUACCUGGAUGUACCUCUAAUAGACAUAAUUGGUCGUUUAAAAUUAAUGAAGAUAGAUAGGAUUGUAGGUCAGAAUUCUGCAACAUCUAUGAAAGACUUACUUCAGUUUAGAAGACAGUAUUAUAAGAAGUGGUAUGAUGCUCGUGUUUUUUGUGAAAGUGGGGCUUCCCCAGAGGAGGUAGCUGACAAAGUGCUGAAUGCAGUUAAAAGAUACCAAGAUGAAGACUCAGAAACAUUUGUUUCAACAAGACAUACGUGGCAUAAAGACUGUGAACAGAAGGAUUCAACAAAAUUUUUUAGCGAAGCUGUGAUUGAGGGGUUAGCUUCUGAUGGUGGACUCUUUGUUCCCGAGAAGGAGUUCCCAAAAGUAAGCUGUAGGGAGUGGAAAAGCCUAGUAGGAGCAACCUAUAUAGAAAGAGCGCAAAUACUAUUGGAAAGGUGCAUACAUCCUGCGGACAUACCUGCUGCCAGAUUGGGAGAAAUGAUUGAAACUGCUUAUGGGGAAAACUUCACCUGCUCAAAAAUUGCCCCUGUCAGGCACCUUUCAGGCAACCAGUUCAUCUUGGAGUUGUUUCAUGGACCAACAGGAUCAUUUAAAGAUUUAUCUUUGCAGCUUAUGCCUCAUCUUUUUGCACACUGUAUUCCACCAAACUGCAAUUAUAUGAUACUUGUAGCUACUUCAGGAGACACAGGGAGUGCAGUCUUAAAUGGUUUUAGUCGUCUUAAUGAGAAUGACAAACAAAGAAUAGCUGUGGUUACAUUUUUUCCUGAGAACGGAGUAAGUGAUUUUCAAAAAGCACAAAUAAUUGGCAGUCAGAGAGAAAAUGGCUGGGCAGUAGGUGUCAAGUCAGAUUUUGAUUUUUGCCAGACAGCUAUGAAAAAUAUUUUUAAAGAUUCUGAUUUUACUGGCUUUCUUACCAUGGAAUAUGGGACAAUCUUAAGUUCAGCUAAUUCCAUAAACUGGGGCCGACUGCUUCCCCAGAUCGUUUAUCAUGCUUCUGCAUAUCUUGAUCUUGUCAGCCAAGGAUUUAUUUCUUUUGGAAGCCCCGUAGAUGUCUGUAUUCCUACAGGAAACUUUGGUAACAUAUUAGCAGCAGUGUAUGCCAAAAUGAUGGGAAUCCCUAUUCGAAAAUUUAUCUGUGCCUCUAAUGAGAACCAUGUUUUGACUGAUUUUAUAAAAACAGGACAUUAUGAUCUAAGGGAAAGGAAAUUAGCACAAACCUUUUCACCAUCAAUAGAUAUUCUCAAAUCUUCAAACCUGGAACGACAUUUACACUUGAUAGCCAAUAAAGAUGGACAGUUAAUGACAAAAUUAUUUAAUCAAUUAGAAAAUCAGCAUCACUUCCAGAUAGAAAAGAUUCUAGUUGAGAAACUUCAGCAGGAAUUCAUAGCUGACUGGUGCUCUGAGGGAGAGUGCUUAGCAGCUAUUAACUCUACCUACAAUACUUCGGGGUAUAUUUUGGAUCCACACACUGCUGUUGCAAAAGUAGUUGCAGACAGAAUGCAAGACAAAACUUGCCCAGUGAUUGUCUCAUCUACAGCUCAUUACUCAAAGUUUGCACCUGCUAUCAUGCAGGCUUUAAAGAUUAAAGAAAUCAAUGAAACGUCAUCAAGUCAAGUUUAUUUACUGGGUUCAUACAAUGCAUUACCCCCACCACAUGAGGCUUUAUUAGAGAGGACAAAACAGCAAGAGAAGAUGGAGUACGAAGUCUGUGCAGCCGAUGUGAAUGUCCUGAAGAGUCAUGUGGAGAAAUUAAUCCAAAAUCAAUUCAUAUGAAAGUUUUCUGAGUAAAAUAUUUUUUUUUUCUGGUGAUAAGCAUGCAAUAAUCUCAAAAGUUGAUUUGAAGUAUAAUAGCAUUUUGUUUUUUAUGUAAAUGUCUCUGUGUUUUUUAUCUUCUGAAAUUUCAAUAGCUUAUUUUCUAAGAGUGAACACUGUACCUGCAUUGUACCUCCUUAGAUUUUAAAGUAGACGUGGCAAAAGGUAGCAUAGUGCAUGGACCCUUGUGCUAGCAUGCUUUGCUUUGUGCUCAUAAGGGAUAUGUUAGUUUCCACUCCCUUACCACCAUUUUUAAGUAGACCAGAAUGUCUGGUAUUUAAUUUGGCAGUUAAAAUAUUUAAGCACAGUUUUUAUAUACUACAUCUGUAAGUAUUUACUAGUUCUAUAUUGACUAGAAAGUUAAUUUAAACUCAAAAUAGCUAAGUUGUAUGGAGGAAGUAGUAAGUUUAUCAAUUAAGAUUAGAGCCAGUGUUUUUAACCCUUCUCAAACUCCAUUUCGGACUACAAUCAAUGAUGUGCAUCCCACACUGUCCAAAUAAGUGUUCUGUCCUUCACUCCCCUUUGAAUGUUUGUUAGUUAGGGUGAUGAAGUUAGAAAAUCAAGACAUAAUUUAAAUCCAGGAUGUAACAGUCAACAGAACUACUUAGUGUAUAUAGAGGUAAAAUUACCUACUUCAAGAGGAAAGUUUUCUGAAAUUAAGAGUAUUUGAAUAGUCUUAAUAGAAGUAUAUUUACAGUUAUAGACAGCAGUUUUCCUUGUAUUUGAAGUCCAUUCCUAUAUAAUUUGUCUAUUGUCUCUUUUUCAAUGACCAUUGUCUUUUUUGGCAGAUGAAACCACAUACAACCAGUACACAUGUAUUUAUAUUCCUUUGUAGUAACAAUACAUUUUGACCGUGACUUACGUUUGUGAAUUUAAUGGAUGUUUUAUUUCCGAAUUAAAGAUUGUCACUGAAAGGACCUAUUAGUGUUAUGGACCACUGUCAACCACAAGAUGGCAUUCUUAACAAUUGGGUUUUACUGAUAACAUUCUACUUCAUUUUGUGGGGGAACUACCUCCAUGAAGAAAUAUAUUAAAAGUGAUAAUGAUGAAAGCAUUUUAAUGGUUUAAUGAACAGGAGGGAUUUGUUUGAAAAAAAUGUAAAAAUUAAACCGAUUUUAUGUUAA